AUGGCAACCAGGAGAGGCGGUGGUGGUGGUGGAGGUGCUGCAACGCCUCCGGCCGGUGGCGGAGUUUGGCCCGUCUUCGAAGAUUUUAAGCCUACAUCAGAGUGGCUGCAAGACAGUGAAUCGAAUAUCCUCAAUAUCUAUCUCCCUGGAUUCGCCAAGGAGCAGCUCAGGGUCUCGACAGAGGGCCGGGAUGUUAUCAGGGUUCGCGGGGAACGUCUGGUAGCUGGCAAUAAAUGGAACCGUUUCCUCGAGGACUAUGAGGUUCCUAGAGGCAGUGACAUGAAUUCAGUCCGUGCCAAGUUCCAGGGUGGGAUUCUUACCAUCACUGUCAAGAAGACAAGUGCGGACAUGACUCACGACGUUCAUCCUCCCAAAGCUGCCGUAGCCGAAGCUCCAAAACAGCCCACUCCUCAAAAGGGUCGAGAUGAAUCUCCACCUGCAGUAAACAAAACAGCUGAUCUCAGAACAACACAGGGCCAGCCGGAUGAUUCAAGAGAUGCAAGGAGCAGUAGUCCAUUUAGAAAUGUCGGGCAAGUACUUCCUCAAGAAAGCAACAAAUUAAGAGAAACACACAUAGCACCAAAGCAAACCAAUGAUGCAACAAAGAAGCUGGAAAAGAAUGACAGUUCAGAAACAAAUAAAGAAUUACCCGCGGGCGAGACCACUGUGAAGGAGAAAAUAAGGAGCGAUCCGCAGACCUCUAAAACAUCGGAAAACAACAGAGAUUUAAAAGAAAAACAAACCCUUCAUUCAAAAGGCCAUGCUGAUCACAAUUUUUUAACAGUGGAGAAAUACAAGAAAGCAGUGCAAGGACUCAGCGAGUUAAAUGAAGAUAGAAAAUUACUCGUAAACAUGGGUGUUGCAGUGCUUGUUGUCAUGGCAAUCACUGCUUAUGCAACCUAUAAGUUUACAUCAGGGAAGGAUCAAAAGUAGGUCCUUAAGAAAUGUAUAUUUACAUUCACUUGUGCACAAGUAUGUAUGAAUGAAAGCUAAAAGUUCAUCCACUAAACAGGCAAUAUCCAAUAACAACACAUAUGUCUCAGAGAUCAUUACAAAGCCAAAGCACAUACAUAAAUAACAAAAACAAUCACACAUCAC